GGUUCCGCCUUGGGCUGCAGCUGGUUGCAAUCCAAAACCACAGGUCAAGCUGAAACCACUUUCACCUGUCAAAAGGCAAAGGUGCAGCGGACCCUUGCUAUCGCGUUUAAGAAGUAAGGACGGGGAUGACAUGCUGGCGACCGUACUGAACAGUCUCCUUCCAGUUCCGUCACAAAGCUCUGGCAAGCGCCGGACUCUGUCUCCUCUCCCAAAGGAGGCAGUUCCAUCGAGCCCUCUUUGUUUGUCACAUGAGAGGUGGUCUCCGUCAGUUGGAAGUCCAAAGUUCUCGGUGGGAUCCGAGCAGAGCCUUGAGGUUCUGGAGUUCUUGGGCGUUCUCACCCGGAGAUUUGGAAACCUCACUCGUGCGUUCCGUGCCAUGAAACGCGCUGCUGGCAAAGGUCGAAAGGACUAUUCCCUCCUGCCACUAAGCAAGGCAGAAUUUACUUGGUGUGUGACGUCGUUUUUGCAUCAUGGCAACAAUACGUUGGCCUGCAAGCUCUUCGCAGCAAUGAAUCGUGCAGAGGGCAUAGCACUUUGUGACUUAAUCGAACACACACCAGAGGGCUUGCUCUCGCUGCAACAAGUGCGCCAGCAGCUUCUGGAAGAGUGGAGCCGCGAGGAGUUGGAGGAGGUACUGCAGAGCCACCAGCAGGAUGAGGUUUCCAAGCAGGAUUUCAUGAACCUUGCGGAGGAUUUGGGCAUGGAAUCUUGCCAGGCCUGGCACUUGUUCGAGCUUCUGGAAGAUGCAGGCCAUGCAGGCCGAGGCCGAGGCCAUGGAGGCCGAGGCCAUGGAGGCCGAGGCCAUGGAGGCUGCAUAGGGAUGGCAGAUUUGCGUGAGGCAGUGCUUUCGGACGAGACAAGGCUCCUUUGGCAUGACCUCUGGAAACAGCUGGUGGCAAGAUUUGGCAGUAUCAGGGAUGCAUUGAGAAUCUUGGAGAGUUGUGUGCACUCUCCAGAAUGUCAUGUGGAUGAAGACACUUUUGCCAAUUGGAUGGAGAGCUGGAGCAUCUGCAGAGAGGAGGCUGCAGAGUAUUUCGACUUCUUGAAGGGUGCAGAAUGCUGUAACUCAGAUGGCUCCAAUGAAUCCAAUCUCCUGGAGAAGCUGAAGAAUUCGCUUCAUUCAGCUGCACCGAAAACGAGUUUGGAGGAUUUUUGGCAACGGGUUGCUGCAGAAUGGCCGGAGCUACUCGAGGCCGCACAUGCCAAGUCAGCGCCCGGACAGUUGGCUGAUCUUCUCUUAGAGCUUUUGCCUAUGGAGAUGCGCUUGAUCAUGAAACAAAUGAGACAAGGAUCGAGACAAGGAACUCCAAGAAAAGUGUCCGGGUCUCACAAGAGGCCGCAAGUGACAGAACACAGUACCUCGGGGAAUGUGCAGUCACAGUCACCUCUUUCUUUGCUGAGUUUGGAUUUGGAAGCUUUCACAGCUCUUGCCAUGCACAUCGAUGUCUCACCAGAAAACUCCAAGGAGCUUUUUGAAAGCAUAACUCGCUCAGCUUCAGUAGCACAGUCUGAAGAUGUCGUUCCUGAAGCUCAAAUCUACUUGGAUGACUUUGCUGAACAGAUGAUCCUUUGGACUGAGGGGGUUGAUCGCCGCGGACCCAUGAAGGAGAAGAUCCGCUUUGCACCCGUGCGUGCUGUGAUCUCUGCAUUGAAGGCAGAACUGCUUCCUGCAGCUCCACCGAGCGAAACGCCGGAGUCUACAAAGGCGACGAAACUUCCCAAGGAUCGAAAGGAAAAGAAACAGCGACCGCAACUCCCUUGGUGCACAUAUUACCACUUGCGCCCCAAUCCAGUGCCAACUGCCCUAACUUAGGCCGUCAGUAAUUGGCCGUCCACUUUGGCCAUUGGCCAGACCAAGAUGUCAAACAUUGACCUUGGUAAAUCCUGAUUGGUGACAAUCACCAUUCGAUGUCAGAUGCUUUGUAGACUGCAAAUCUGCACAAAUCUGCACAAAAGAGC